AUGCUACCAGUUAACGACUUGGUCUUUAAAAGAACACACCAAGGUGAUCCAAUCUGUGAUGGUUGUGGAGAAAAGGAAGAGUCAACUGAGCAUAUGUUCUUCCAUUGUACCAGAGCUCAAGAGGUUUGGAAGAUGGCACCAGUACAGUGGGAUGGCUUGUCUGAUCAGAUUGGAAAUUUCACAACUUGGUGGACAGCUAUGAUGGAUGCCGUAGGUAGGAUUGAAGGCAGGGAACAUAUAGAGCUUACUGUGAACAUCCUUUGGCAAAUAUGGAAGAGGAGAAAUGAAUGGAAGUUUAAUGCAAAGCGUAAACAUCCAUGGAAAACAGUCAAAAAGGCUCAACAAGAAUGGCAUGAGCAAGCUACAGUUGGGAGCAUAGAGAAUAUGACCCCUGCGGGUGCUGAAAGAGAUAAAGAGGAGGAAGUACCAGAGGAGGGAGGAAGUGAUGAAAUGCAGAUUAGAAUCUCAACUCAAGUGCAUGAAUCAACUAAUAGUAUUGGCACAGGGAUUAUAGCAACUAAUUUCAACCAGCAGCUGGUGGCAGCCUGGGCACUUAUUGACAGGAAAGCAAGGACUCAGUUGCAGAAUGUUGCUGAAGCUGUGAAGAUGGCCAUUAUAAAGGCCAGACAACAGCAAUGGCAGAAAAUUACAGUCUACAUACCCAGCUCUCAGCUGUUGAAAGGGCUAACGGAAGGAAUAGCCAUGGAUAUCAAACUGGCUACUUUGACUGAUGAUAUUAACAAUUUAAGAGCGUUAUUUCUGAAAUGCUCCUUUUGUUUAGAUAGGAGAUUAGACUCCAGAUGUGAACUGAUUAGUGGUUAUGCCUUAGGCAUAUUUCUGGAUGAGGAAUGGAUCAAUUCUCAGUGUGUCUAA